AUGCUUGGAGAGGCGGAACUAUUAUUAGUUGUCGUGGGCUUUUUGAUAGCCUUCGUUAGCGCGUUCGGUCUCGGUGCAAACGAUGUUGCCAAUUCAUUUGGUACUAGUGUCGGAUCAAAAGUACUGACACUUCGCCAAGCCUGUAUCUUAGCGACCAUUUGUGAGAUAGCCGGAUCAGUACUUCUAGGAGGUCACGUAUCAGCCACAAUUCGUGGGGGGAUCAUUGAUCCCACUCAGUUCAAUGGAACCGCAGACGGCGCUGUGAGAUUGAUGCAAGGUCAAGUCUCAUCUCUAAUUGGUUCAUGCGCUUGGAUGCUGCUGGCAACAUUCCUACGAAUACCUGUCUCCGCAACCCAUAGUAUCGUGGGUGCGACAGCUGGUUUUGGAUUAGUGCUUUUCGGAAUUGAUGGCAUACAGUGGAAAGGAAUUUUCAAGAUUGUUGGUUCGUGGUUCUUAUCGCCAGUUUUAAGUGGACUUGUGUCAAGCACCCUAUACUUAAUUAUCAAAUACACCGUUUUGGUGAAGGAAAAUUCUCUAGAACCAGCACUCAACACAUUGCCGUUCCUGUACGCUAUCACCAUCUUCAUUAACGUAUUUUCAGUUCUCUUCGGUGGACUUAAAAUGCUUAACCUGCCUGAGAUAUCUAUUUGGACGAUCCUGGGAGCAGCUGCCGGCUGUGGUCUCGCGGGUGGACUUGCAGUGCACUUCAUCGGACGCCCCAUCAUUCGUCGUAAAGUUCAUGCUCGUCUCUCUGGAAAGGGGAAUACUUCCUCUUCCAAAAAAACCUUCAAUUUAUCCUGUCUUACACAAUGUCGUGAGAGAAUGGAAGCCUUUUUCAGCCAUGAAACAAACGCUACCGGCCCUCAAGCGGCUCCAAAAACAGAAACUACAAUUCCUCCAAAAUCGGAUGCUGAUGAUGUUGAAAUGCAAAAUAUUCAGGAGACAGAAAAUACGGCAACUAAUAAAUCUUCAAAAGUUGUUGGUCGUGAUGGCCAAGUAUGCGACAGACCAGAAGAGGCUGAGGUGUUUGCAUUCGCACAAAUUCUCACUGCCACCUUCGGCUCUUUCGUCCACGGUGGUAAUGAUGUGGCUAACGCUAUUGGACCUGUUAUGGGUCUGUGGAUGGUCGCUACAACAGGUGAUGUCUUAAUGAAGGUGGCACCAAAGGUCUGGAUCCUAUUCUAUGGUGGCAUUGGUAUCUCAGUCGGUCUUUGGGUCUGGGGUCGAAAGGUCAUGCAGACAAUUGGUCAUGAUCUUACCGAAAUCACACCAACCACCGGAAUGUGCAUUGAAUUGGGUGCUGCUAUAACUGUGUUGAUUGCAAGUAAAGCCGGUCUUCCCGUCUCGACCACUCACUGUCUGGUCGGUUCUGUUGUCUUCGUCGGAUGCUUCCGUGAGCGACAGAGUGUCAACUGGAAACUCUUUGUUGGCAUUGCAUUUGCUUGGAUGGUCACAUUACCCGUUUCUUGCGGUAUAUCCUCCCUGACCAUGUACUUAUUCACAGUUUUCGGCUAA